GUCAAAAACAAAGCAGAUUUUUCAAGUUACACUCUCUAAUGGAUUCCAUGGGUAUAGAGUACGGUGGCGGCAACCCAGACAAAGACAUUGUGGAUGAAGACGAUGUCUCUCCCAUCGAAGAAGUCCGCCUAACCGUGCCCACCACCGAUGACUCGACGCUACCGGUAUGGACGUUUCGAAUGUGGUUUCUGGGGAUCCUCUCCUGCGUUCUGCUUUCGUUUCUGGACACUUUCUUUGCUUACCGUACGGAGCCGCUCACUGUCACAAUGAUCUCUAUCCAGGUGGCCACGCUACCCAUUGGGAAGUUCAUGGCCAAGGUGCUUCCCCAGACCAAGAUUCGUAUCCCCGGCACCACAUGGGAGUUUUCGCUAAACCCUGGCCCCUUUAAUGUCAAAGAGCAUGUCUUGAUUUCGAUUUUUGCUAAUGCCGGCUCCGCUUUUGGCAGCGGUACGGCUUAUGCCAUCGGCAUUGUGGAUAUCAUUCGGGCGUUCUAUCAUAGGAAGAUCUCUUUCUUUGCUAGCUGGAUACUUGUCAUCACUACACAGGUUUUGGGGUAUGGAUGGGCAGGGAUUAUGAGAAAGUUUGUGGUGGAACCUGCGCAUAUGUGGUGGCCAAGUAGUCUGGCUCAAGUCUCGCUUUUCGGUGCAUUGCAUGAGAAAGACAACAAUCGGAUGUCCCGAGGGAAAUUCUUCUUGAUUGCACUCAUUUGCAGUUUUGCUUGGUAUGUCUUCCCUGGGUACCUCUUCCAAAUUCUGACAUCCAUUUCUUGGGUCUGCUGGGCAUUCCCCAAGUCAGUAACUGCCCAUCAGAUUGGAUCAGGCAUGGAAGGACUUGGAAUUGGAUCCUUUGCUCUGGACUGGUCAACCAUAGCCUCUUUCCUUGGCAGUCCUCUCAUCACCCCUUACUUCGCUAUUGUCAACGUUAUUGUUGGAUACAUCUUAACACUAUAUGUCAUCCUUCCCAUUGCUUAUUAUGGACUAAAUGUCUACAGUGCCCACAAAUUUCCCAUCUUUUCUUCAGAUUUGUUCAAUUCCAAGGGAGAAUUAUACAAUGUUUCAGCCAUUGUGAAUGACAAGUUUGAAAUAGACUUGCCUUCAUAUGAGCAGCAGGGGCUGAUGAACCUCAGUGUGUUCUUCUCACUCACAUAUGGAAUUGGCUUCGCUGCUGUUAUAUCCACCUUGACUCAUGUUGCCUUCUUUAAUGGAAAGGAGAUACUUAGCCAAUUUCAAGCUUCUUACAAAGCAAAUAAAGUAGAUAUCCAUACAAAGUUGAUGAGAAAGUACAAGGAUAUACCUUAUUGGUGGUUUCAUCUUAUGCUUGGGGCAUCUUUGCUACUAUCCCUUGUCUUGUGCAUCUUUAUGAAAGAUCAAGUUCAAUUGCCUUGGUGGGGUGUGCUUUUUGCAGCUAGUCUUGCAUUAAUUUUUACACUUCCUAUCAGUAUCAUAACUGCCACUACAAAUCAGACACCCGGACUUAAUGUACUCACAGAGUAUAUCAUGGGUAUCAUACUACCAGGAAGACCAAUAGCCAAUGUCUGCUUCAAGACUUAUGGGUAUAUAAGUAUGGCACAGGCAAUUUCUUUCCUAAAUGAUUUCAAGCUAGGCCAUUACAUGAAAAUUCCACCAAGAUCAAUGUUUGUAGUACAGUUUAUAGGAACCAUAAUAGCUGGAACAGUUAAUCUCUCAGUAGCAUGGUGGUUGCUGAAUACUGUUGACAAUAUAUGCCAACGUGAUAUGCUUCCUCCCAACAGUCCCUGGCAAUGUCCCUAUGACCGAGUCUUCUAUGAUGCAUCUGUUCUAUGGGGCCUGAUUGGACCCAAAAGAAUCUUUGGCACUCUUGGAAAUUACUCUGCACUCAACUGGUUCUUCCUUGGAGGUGUAUUGGGCCCUAUUAUAGUAUGGCUAUUGCAUAAAGCUUUUCCUAACCAGAAAUGGAUUGCACUUAUCAAUCUUCCUGUAGUUUUCGGAGCAACAGCAAUGAUGCCUCCAGCAACAUCUGUGAACUUCAAUGGCUGGAUUGUUAUUGGAAUCUUCUUCAAUUAUUAUGUUUUUAAGUACAAAAAGAGUUGGUGGCAAAGAUACAACUAUGUUCUUUCAGCAGCCCUUGAUGCAGGGUUGGCUUUCAUGGGAGUGCUUCUAUACUUCGCAUUGGGCAUGAAUGGGACAAUGGUAUCUUGGUGGGGAAAUGAUGGCGAGCACUGCGAUCUCGCUUCAUGUCCAACUGCCAAAGGUAUAAUUGUUGAUGGCUGUCCUGUAUACUCCUAGAUUCAUUGGAACAAUUCUAUCUACAACUUUUUGGGUUUUUGCAUUGUUCAAUUCAACAGUACAUAAGGAAUAAACUUGGUUGUAAAUCUUGAAGGUAUUAUUCAUCAUUUUAGUUUUAAUCUGAUGCUAUAACUCCUAUUUUUACAUUUCAUUUGAAUGGAAGAAGAAAUCCAUGUUUAUGAAUAAUCAUGUCUUGUAUAC